AUGAGGCUGAUAGAAGGAUGCCUGCUGUUGGGUUUGGGCAUCACUGUAGACGCAUACCAGCUCAGGGCCAGUCUCAAGGGCCCAUCGGGCUUCUCACCACCCUCCUUACCAGCAGAAUACGUAGAGACGCUCUACCACGUCAAUCGACAAGCUUAUUGUGACCUUCUCAAAGACCUGUCAACAUCACCUGUCAUAAAUGACAAGCCAGAAGCGCAACUAGCAAAUCUACUGAAGCGAUCGCACUUGACUGAUCAGGAACGCGGCCUAGUCAAGCUUUCUCUAGCACUGCAUGAGUAUGCACCAGCAGCGACAUUCAACGGAACACUUCACAACUGCACGGCGAAUCCACAGCGUGUCGUCUACACUGACUUCACCACGCCUUUCGUCUAUGACGCAGAGACUCAGGUCGGCCAUCUCCCUCCCGGUGCUGCUCAAGAACCAUUGACAAUGACUGGGUAUGGUGCACAUCUGGCCCUCAAACGGACAGAUUACCUUGUCAUUGACGACUCCAAUAAAAUGUCAGAUGCCUCAGAUGAUCACAAAGUGGUACCCCUUACGAAAGAGCAAAUCAAGCGGAUAGGUUUGCGUGCUGCAGCGCGUGUUGUCAGGUCAGACAAUCCACUGGAUGAGCUAGAGGAUGUUUCGCAAAAUUUCCCUAUGCGUGCUCAAGGGCUUCUCAAGUCGAGCAUCUCGAAGGAACUAGAGCAGGAGAUGAAGGGACUGAGAGAGUUGGUGCGUGGCGAUGUCUUUCUGAUCAAUGGUCGUGAAGUCGAGACGAGCCCAGAGAAGCUCAUGCCUGCAUUACGCGCAGAAGCAGCACUCGCAUCAGCAAUGCAUAAACUUGGCUUGAACCUGACACAGAUUGUGCAUUUGCUCACUUUGGAUGUUGUUGGGGUUGACCACGUCGACCGUUUCGAAGUACGUAACCCUGUGGUCGUCUAUCUCAACGAUCUCGAGAAGGACGACAUGUAUGAAGGCUGGCGAACCGAUGUUAACAUUUUCAUGGAACCCCUCAUGGCUGGGCAAUUGCACCAAAUCCGUCGCAACUUUCACACAGGCGUCGCUUACAUUGACUUGACGGAUGAGAUGCAUGUUGAUCUGCUGACGAACUGGAUGAUGCUCAUUACCCGUGGUAUCCCCAUUCGUUGGGGUUUCGUUCCUGCUGGCGAAACAGAAUUGCAGCGCAAUCUCGGCAAUGCGUUCCGAGAAAUCUUCAAGCAUGGAGGUCUCGAGCAAGCUUAUGAAUUCAUUGCUGGCUAUACAAGAGGUGGCGAUCUUGAAGGGACCUAUGCCAUGUUUCAGAAGAAGCUGAAAGGCAAGAGUCUGGCUGAUUUGGCAGAUCUUGGCAGUUCCGAGUACGAUGAAUUUGCAAAAGAUUGGAUUGAGCGAUUUGGCAAGGACCGUAUCUACAUCAAUGGACAAGCUGUCGUUCGCGAUGAAGCCUUGAUGCAACGCCUCUCUGCAGCUGUUCGGGACGACACAAUGUUUGUACAGGAACGCAUGAUUGAAGGUGGUGUGGAAGAUUCAGGAGACUUGCAAGACAUCUUUCUGGAUGGCGCACAGCUUCGAUUCUCUGAAGCUCUCUUUGGCGAGCGCAAGUACAUUACGCUCCACGAGUACCAAGCUCAGCCAAAUGCCGGCAAGUGCAGUCGCGACACCGAAAUUGUCUUUUCUGGUGAAGGCUGGCCAGACUUGUCCAAGAUGGAAGAGCUUGCGGAAAAGCCAUGCUUGUCGCAUGUGGAUGGUCCGCGUCGCAUGAUUGUUAAUGGUCGCAUUUUUGAGAAGCUCAGCUUUUUGGAAAUGCCAACGAUGAUGGCACAGGAACAGCGCGAGGUCAUCAAGUACAAGGAUGCAGCAGCUUCUGUGGGGGCUUCUUGGUCGGUGGCACUCUUGACGCUUAUUCGGACCUCAAAGCGUCUCCUCAGAACUUCUUUACCUCCCUUUGUGUCGACUGACUUGUCACACUUUGAAGUUGGGCGUGAACAGUCGAGCACUCUUGAAAUCAAGGUCUUCUUGGACCCUUUGUCAGAGAAUGCCCAGCGAUGGUCGACAAUCAUCAAGAGCCUUUCCAAUCUACCAAAUGUCUUCAUCAAAGUCCACAUGAUACCCAAGUCGGGACUGACAGAGUUGCCACUGAAGAGAUUCUACCGUUAUCUCAUGCCAGCAGAGCCUUCCUUUGCGCCUGUUCAUGUUGACUUUAGUGGCAUGCCAUCCGAUUUGAUGGUCUUUACACUGGAGCCUUGGAAUAGCUGGGUCAUUGCUCCUGUGUCUGCCAUUGAGGACCUGGAUAAUCUUCAUCUGGGCGACCGCAGCAUCGACGCCGUGUUUGAGGUGACACACAUCCUUGUUCAGGGUCACGCCAGAGAAGCCAACACCACCAACCCGCCGCGCGGUGCUCAAUUGGUUUUGUCCUCGGGAGAUGGUGUAUCGCAAGCUGAAACAAUCAUCAUGGCCAAUCUUGGGUACUUUCAGCUCAAAGCGAUGCCUGGUUCGUGGCAGCUUGCACUCAAGGAGGGCAAAUCGGACGAAAUUUUUGAAUUGCAAUCCUCCGUCCGUACUGUGCACGUCGACAGCUGGGCUCCCAGUACCCUGUAUGUACGUCUUGCUCGCAAGCCAGGUAUGGAGAAGGCAGAUGUCCUCGACGACAAGCAAACAGCAGGCAAAGGCAGUCUCUGGUCCAAGGUGUCCAACAUGGGCAAAAAAGACACAGCACUCGUCAAGAAGCACGCGGACAUCAACAUCUUCACUGUGGCGUCUGGUCACUUGUAUGAACGGUUCGUCUACAUCAUGGUUUCUUCUGUCAUGGCACACACCGACAAGAGCGUCAAAUUCUGGUUCAUCUCCAAUUUUUUGAGUCCCCAAUUCCGCAAGUUCAUUCCACAUCUCGCAGAGCGACUUGGUUUCGAAUAUGAGAUGAUCACAUUCACUUGGCCACACUGGUUGAGGAAGCAGACCGAGAAGCAGCGUAUCAUCUGGGGCUACAAGAUUUUGUUUUUGGAUGUCAUGUUCCCUCUUGAUCUUGAAAAGGUCAUUUUCGUCGAUGCUGAUCAGAUUGUCAGAACCGACAUGAUUGAGCUCGUCAAUGAAGACCUCAAGGGCAAAGUGUGGGGAUACACGCCUAUGUGCGAUUCGCGCAAGGAGAUUGAAGGCUUCCGCUUCUGGAAGCAAGGUUAUUGGAAAUCAUUCCUCAGAGGUAAGCCUUACCACAUCUCGGCGCUCUACGUGAUUGAUCUUGUUGCCUUCCGUGCACAAGCAACAGGUGAUCGUCUUCGCCAGCAGUAUCACGCCUUGUCUGCAGACCCAGAGUCGUUGUCCAACUUGGACCAAGAUUUGCCGAAUCAUCUACAGGCGCAGAUACCCAUUCACAGUCUCAAGCAGGAUUGGCUUUGGUGCGAGACUUGGUGUUCAGACGAGUCACUGGCGACCGCCAAGACGAUUGAUCUUUGCCAGAAUCCCAUGACAAAAGAGCCAAAGUUGGAUCGAGCGCGAAGGCAGCUGCCAGAGUGGAACGAGUAUGACCGCAAAGUCAAGGGCUUCGCAAAGCUUGUUGCUGAGCGUGAAGCAGCCGGCGGUCAGGAGGGGGAUGACAGCAUGGGCAGUAUCACGGUGGACGUUGAUGCGGUCGGCCAAAACCUGGAGAUGAAAAAAGACCAGCUAGGCGAUGAAGCAAUGACUGGGUCUGAUGGUGGUGAAAAGGCCACAAGGAAAGGUCACGACGAGUUGUAG